CAUAGAGACGGCAAUUGAGUAUUACGUCAGAGUCCAUAGUUGAUUGUUCAUGUUCUUCUUUUUCUUCUCUCUCUAUGCAAGUGUGCAAGACUAUGGUUGAUAUUAAUGUAUGAGGCUAUGAGCUAUGUUGAUUCUUAUCUGCAACUUAACAUAGGACAAUUCAAUUCCCAAAGACUCAAUAUUUCCUAUCUUUUCCUUUCCUCAUAGCCGCCUCUUCUGUAUCUGCUUCUUUUCCCCACCCCAGAUCCCAACAUACCAACUUUCCCUUUUUACCCUCUAAAUUUCACCAUCAUUUUAGUUCCACUCUCUUCAAUUUCCUACCAAGCUGCCACCUUCUCACUUUUUGUCUGAUUUUGUGUUCCAUGUUUUGGAGAAAUUCAACUUCAUUUAAGAAUUGCCUUUUUCUUUUACAUUCAUCUUUUGUUCUCACUCUUGGAAAUUGAACUUUCCUUUUUCAUCAGUUCAUUAUAGUUUCCUCAUCUAUUCAUGGUUGCUUAAUUUGGUAAUCUGGGCCCAGUUUUUUUAUUUAUUGCUUUUUGUACAAGUUUAAUUUUGGAACUGUUGUAGUUGGAAUUAUUAGUCAUUUGGGGUGUUAAGUUUGAGGUAAUCAAGAUUUGUAUUUUAGGAUUAACAUAUGCUAGUUGUAAACUGUAAUUGGAAAUGAUUUCCGUAUGUAUUAAGACACAAAACUGUAAUUGGAGUGCACUGUUUAGUUAAGAAUGGUUGUUGUUACUGCUCUAUUCUUUGUACUAUUGUUGCAAUUGUCAACAAUUUUUGGGUCUGAAAUUGUCUUACAGACAAAGGAUUGUGGCAAUAAUUGGGUAGCAAGUUCAUAUUCUAAUAAUCAUGGUGAGGAACUGUUUUACAUAAAUGGGAAUGUGGUAAACAAAGUUGAUUUCUGUAAAGCUAUCCAAUUGUAUAUUGCAAAGGGUUGUGAUUUGAAGGACUACUUUGGAAGCAACAACUGUGUAUUGGAUUUGGAUGUCUCUUUUGUGGAUUUUCCUUCAAAGGGAGGAAGGAAACUCUUGCAGAAAGAUUUAAACAAGAAUUCCACAUCACAAGGAGUUUCUGAGACUGUGUCAAGCAACCAAGUUGGAAUUUUUGCAGGUGGUGCUUUGUUGGUAUGUUGUGCUGUUGUUUGUCCUUGUUUCUAUGGCAAGAGAAGGAAGGCAACUGCUCAUACUGUUCUGACCAAGGACCCAAAUUCAAUAGAUUUAGCUACCUCCUUUGAACCAUCUGUUUCUGAUAAGAUCCCGGCUAGUCCACUUCGAGUGCCGGCUAGUCCACUUCGGGUGCCGGCUAGUCCAUCAAGAUUCUCAAUGUCUCCAAAACUCAGCAGCCUUCAGCCAUUACAUCUCAACCUGAGCCAGGUUUCUAAAGCUACACGUAACUUUUCAGAAGCAUUACAAAUAGGAGAAGGAGGUUUUGGAACUGUCUACAGGGCUAAUUUAGACAAUGGCUUGGUCGUGGCUGUAAAACGCGCAAAAAGGGAACAUUUUGAGAGUUUGAGAACAGAAUUCAGCAGUGAAGUUGAACUUCUGGCCAAAAUCGAUCAUCGAAACCUGGUGAAGCUACUUGGUUAUAUUGACAAAGGAAAUGAACGUAUCCUUAUUACAGAGUAUGUGCCAAACGGUACUCUUCGAGAACAUUUGGAUGGUUUGCGUGGAAAAAUUGUCGAUUUCAAUCAGCGCCUGGAAAUUGCAAUUGAUGUUGCUCAUGGAUUGACCUAUCUGCAUCUGUAUGCAGAAAAGCAAAUUAUCCAUCGAGAUGUGAAAUCAUCCAACAUUCUUCUGACUGAAAGCAUGCGAGCUAAAGUUGCUGAUUUUGGAUUUGCAAAGCUUGGCCAUGCAAACACUGACCAGACACACAUUUCUACCAAAGUGAAGGGAACAGUUGGUUAUUUGGACCCUGAGUAUAUGAAAACAAACCAUCUCACACCCAAAAGUGAUGUUUACUCAUUUGGCAUUUUGCUUUUAGAAAUUCUGUCAGGCCGUCGUCCUGUGGAGUUGAAAAAAAGUGCUGAAGAGCGGGUUACUUUAAGAUGGGCUUUCAGGAGAUAUAACGAAGGAAGUGUGGUGGAACUGCUUGAUCCUUUAAUGCAAGAAGCUGUGAAUACAGAGGUUGUUGUCAAGAUGUUUGACUUGGCAUUUAACUGUGCAGCACCGGUAAGAUCCGAUCGACCUGACAUGAAAACAGUGGGGGAGCAAUUGUGGGCAAUAAGAGCAGAUUACCUCAAGAGCACUGCAAGGAGGGAAUGAUUGAUGAAAUUUGACCAUUAUGAUAUUUUGAAAUUGGUGCUUUUUUUGUUUUUGUUUUUGGAAAAAAUGAUUUUUCUUUAUUUAUUUCUUUAAUUUAUCAUGCCUAAGAGUGUUUCAGGCAUUGUGACAUGUCAAUUUUCAUUUGGGGUCUUAAUCUUGAUGGAUUUCUUAAUUCAACCGAAAACUGCAAAAGUCAUUCUGAAGUUUAGAUUUUGCAAGAUUACUUAGGAAGUAGCAACACUUUGACUCCAUUCCACUAGUGUUUUGUAUUUGCCCCUUCUUUUUAAGAGUAUUUGUGUUUGCCCCUAAAAAAUACAUCGGGGAACUUAUUGUCAAUGGAAUAUUUUCUUUGUAAAGUUGAUUGUUGAUUUUGGCUCA